CUCCCUUCGCAUCCCUUCGCCUUAGUCUUUCUCUUCCCUAAUUCUUGGUUUCUUGAAAAAUAUAUCAUAGAUACCCAUCGGCCAUGUCACGUCGCCAGUGGAAAAGGGAGCGCCUUCAGUAUCAGGUACCGAUUUCCAUUCAUCGGGGUUAAUUUCUUUUCUUGAUUUGUUGACUGUUUGAUUUUUUUGUUUUUUGAAUAUGAACACAACAGGGAGAGAUGGAGACUCUCCGGACCAUGGAAGUGGCAGUCGCCGCCAUGAAGGUGGAGACAAAAAGCAUGAAGCAGUCCCAGAAGAAAGAAAAGGCAAAGCUGAGAGAGCUUGAAGUUGAGUGCAGCCGGCUAAGAGCAGAGAGACGCCGCGCGCUGGAGAGCAGCGCGAUGAUCCAAGUUUGCUCUGACACCAUGUAUGCCAUGCUGUUUUCCCAAGCGAACGGUGAUUUCGCCCUUGUUGAUCACCCUCCAAAAUUCUCCCCGUGAAUUGGUGCCAAAAAAAAUGGAAGCAUGAUGAGCUAAAAGCAAAGGAAGGACGAAGAAUAUUCUCCAAUUAUAUUGGAUGUAUAUAUAUAUAUAUAUAUUCAAUGGUGGAAAGCAAAAAGUGCAUAAAAAGGGGAAUUUGGGUAAAAAAAUCUAUAUAACAUGAUGUAAAGUGUUUACUCUUACCACAUGUCCAGUUGGAUAUGCAAUUAUAAAUUGCUAAGAAUGUUGUUGCUGUUGGAUUCAUAAAUAAGCGGGCUUUAAAGCAAAAAUCCUUAUGUACAGGUGCUGUAAAUAUCGAUGUGUGUGGCUUUCUCACUGCUGUAUUUUCUUUUGACAUAUAUGAAUAUAAAUGAUUUAAAACU